AUGGCGGCCGGUGAUCAGAUGAGCCCGGCCAGCCGGAUGGAGUUUUUGCUCUCACUUGGCUCCGACGACAUCUUUGAGGUCAUCAGGGACGCCAUCGCCGUCGCGGCGCAGAUUCACCCGCACGAGCUCGAUCAGAGGCGGGACUCCAUUAUACAGAUGCUCCAUGCCGCCAAAGCCUCUGCAGCUGUCGACGAGCCUGACAUACCGGCGAGCGAGCAGGUCGCGAGGAUCAACAGCCUGCUCGUGGGCGGCGCGAUGUCUGAAGACGCCGUGAUCGAAUCGCUCCGGGCGCUCAAGGCGGUGCGGAUGACCUUCGAGACGCUGGAGGCGACCAAGAUCGGCCGGGCCGUCGGUGUUCUGAGGAAGCAUGCCUCAGAGCAGGUGCGCCAGCUCGCCAUUAGCCUGUACAAGAGCUGGAAGGCUAUGGCCGACGAGCACUUUAGGAGCAGCCGGAAUACGUCUGCAACGUCGACUCCAGCCGUCUCAGAGGAACCCAACUUGAAUACGGCGGCUCCGUUGCCCAGGCCAACAUCGAAACCUAGCGGCUCCAACCAAGAAACUCCGAUGUCAGAGUGCCGGGAGACACCAAAGGACCCUGAGCGCGCCAUAGGUUUGCCCCGCAAGCUCAAGGAAGCCCCGCCAAGCAUCAAUGACAUGGCGAGGACGACGCUGAAGUCGAAGCGGAGGUGA